AUGGCCGAACAAAUGAUCUUGAGGGGAACCUUGGAGGGUCACAGCGGAUGGGUUACCUGUCUGGCUACCUCGAUGGAGAACCCCAACAUGCUCCUCUCUGGUUCUCGUGACAAGUCUCUCAUCGUCUGGAACUUGUCUCGCAACGACGAGUCGUAUGGUACCCCCAAGCGAUCUCUCCACGGCCAUUCUCACAUCGUCUCCGACUGUGUUAUCUCCUCUGAUGGUGCCUAUGCUCUCUCCUCCUCCUGGGACAAGACUCUCCGUCUCUGGGAGCUCUCCACCGGCAAUACCACCCGCACUUUCGUUGGCCACACCAACGACAUUCUCUCCGUCAGCUUCUCCGCCGACAACAGACAGAUUGUUUCCGGUUCUCGUGAUCGAUCGAUAAAGUUGUGGAACACCCUUGGUGACUGCAAGUACACAAUCACUGAGAAGGGACACACCGACUGGGUUUCGUGUGUUAGGUUCUCACCAAACCCCCAGAAUCCGGUGAUUGUCUCCUCAGGUUGGGAUAAGCUUGUCAAGGUCUGGGGUCUUCAAACUUGCCGCAUCCAAACCGACCACAUCGGUCACUCCGGCUAUAUUAACACCGUCACUAUCUCCCCCGACGGUUCCCUCUGCGCUUCCGGCGGUAAGGAUGGUACUACCAUGCUUUGGGACUUGAACGAAUCCAAGCACCUCUACUCCCUCAGCGCUGGCGACGAGAUCCACGCUCUCGUCUUCUCCCCCAACCGCUACUGGCUCUGCGCUGCUACCUCCUCCUCGAUCGUCAUCUUCGACUUGGAGAAGAAGAGCAGAGUUGACGAGCUCAAGCCAGAGUUCCCAUCCAACAGCCUUAACCCAGAGAAGAAGAAGAGCAGAGACCCAGAGUGUGUCUCGCUCGCAUGGAGCGCCGAUGGUCAGACUUUGUUUGCUGGUUACACCGAUAACAAGAUCAGAGCCUGGGGUGUCAUGUCGAGAGCAUAA